GCCUGACCAGUGCUGCCUUACUUUCUCUCACAUUUGGCAUUAUCAACAUACCAUAGCCAUGCAUCAUUGGAUGGCCUACCAAUGCUCUAUAUCCACCAUCCUACCACCAGUACAAGAUACACGACACACUGAGCUGUGAAGGUCAUUGGGUCUCAAUGCAUUGCACAUGUAGUUCUUCUCUCUGCUCUAGUUUCUCAUUUCACGUCGCCUUCGAACGCUGCUAAAAUCCUGAUGCAUUACUAGCAGACCUUGACAAUACCAGAAUACAGUUGAAGGAGAACCGAGACAGAAACAUCCAAGAUUCGCCUUACUCCUACCCUCGAGGGGCGUUAUCUCCGCAGACACCGGUAUCACCCAUCUACUCUGAGAUAGCCAACGGAUUCUCACCGUCACCUAGUCCAGUCUCUUCGCAUCAAAACAAGAGCUCUUACAGGAUCCAACAAGUUGAAUCUGAACCUCUGUAUCAAGUCCAAGACAUCCAUCUUCCACCGAGCGCGCGGGUGUACGCCGAGCCUACCAGAGAGCCUACCAGAGGGAACUCGUUCAGCCAGCAAUCACCCACCUACAACCUUGACUACACCCCUCGGACCCCUACAUCACCACCCCUCUCAGACCACCAGGAGGGUAGCGUUGCGCCCCCUAAACCAGCCAGGUCGAGAUCCAACGGGAGACAGCCCCCACCGACACUACCCAAGCCCACACUACCCAAGCCUACAGUAUUCAGAUACGACAAGGCAGCUACAGCUAGCUAUCAGAACAGUACAUACCAACCUACCCCAGCACCUCCAAGGAUGGCGGGCAUGCCUGUAUCAGAGCUAGACUCACUCCUACAGGAGUUAGAAGCCGCACAAUCACAAAUACAGAAUUCUUCCAACCCUCCGCCCAAGCCACCAGCCCCAGCCGCUGGUAUGGUGAAACCUCCAAGGAAUAUGAACAUGGGAGGAGGAGGAGGAGGAGGAGGAGGAGGAGGAGGGGGAGUCAGUGACCUCAAUGACAUGCUAGAUGACCUUGUAGGCACGGUCACACCAUCUACUUACACAGUGGAGACAACUACCAAGACUUAUACCACACACUCCCAACCACCAGUACACUCCCAGCCCCCCAAGGCCCAGCCUGCCCCGCCUACCCACUCUGCCCCGCCCACUCACUCUGCCCCGCCUUCCCAGCAGCAGCACCAGCAGCCAAUGAGUAGAGUGAUGACAAACAGCACCCAUGCCCCGCCCCAAGCCAGUCAGCCUCAGAUCAGUCAGCCACCUCUGAGGACUGCUUCAUCAGCUACCAAGGAACUGGAUGAUCUCAUGGCAUCACUCUCAGACUUCCAGCUGUCACCAACCGACACAGUGCCCCCUGAACCUGCCUACGCCCAGCCUCACAAAGUCACCCCACCCCCGAAGCCCGCCCACCCUGCUCCUAACAUGGUUAACAUCAACAACACUCCUGCACAGCACCCAGCCCCACCAGCUCAGCAGUACCCACCCCAGCACCCAGCACCACCUGCCCAGCACCCUGCUCCACCGGCCCAGCAGAGCUAUGCUCCUUCCCAGCCCAGUCAGCUGGAUUCUAUGUUGGGUCAUCUCAACUCUGAUGUUAGCAGGCAGGGAGUGCAGACCAUGGCUAAGGGAAUGUGUGCAGCAUGCCAGAAACCUAUAGCUGGACAGAUUGUGACGGCUUUAGGACAGACGUGGCAUUCAGAGCACUUUGUUUGCGCUCAGUGUCAGAAAGAGCUUGGUUCUCAGACGUUCUUUGAGAGAGAUGGACAAGCAUUCUGUGAGGAGGAUUAUCAUAACCUCUUCGCUCCUAAAUGUGCCUACUGCCACGGACCCAUUAAGGAUAGGUGUGUGACAGCUUUGGAUAAGACCUGGCAUCCAGAGCACUUCUUCUGCGCUCAGUGCGGUAAGACGUUCGGUGAGGAUGGCUUCCAUGAGAAAAACGGCCGAGCGUACUGUAAGGAGGAUUACUUUGAUAUGUUUGCACCUCGGUGCGGAGGAUGUAACAGAGCUAUCAUGGAGAACUUCAUCACAGCAUUGAAUGCACAGUGGCAUCCAGAGUGCUUCGUAUGCUCAGACUGCAGAGUACCUUUCAACGAGGGUGAUUUCUUUGAUCAUGACGGAGUCCCAUACUGUGAGAUCCACUACCAUGCUGUACGGGGCUCCCUCUGUGCCGGCUGUAACAAGCCAAUCACAGGCCGCUGCAUCACAGCCAUGCAACGCAAGUUCCAUCCGGAGCACUUUGUCUGUGACUACUGCCUGAAGCAGCUCAACAAGGGAACCUUCAAGGAACAGAACGGCAAGGCAUACUGUCAUUCAUGCUUUGUCAAGCUCUUCAACUAGAUAGCUUUGAUAGAGGGCGGUCUGUAGGGGUCACAGCUCAAGGGACCAACAGCCCAUGAGACCGACAAGAGUCUUGCAGAUCUUCUGAAAGGUUAUCUUUAGGGUCCAUGAGACUGACAAUGCCCAUCUGGUGGACCUUCUAAAAAGUUCUCUGAGAGUCCAACAGCUCACAAGACGGCAUAUCAGUCUUGUGGUCCUGCUGACACUUUUUGUAAAGGUUCAGGGGGGCAUUUCACAAAGCCUUUUUCCAAUGACAAAUGACAAAAAUCAGUGGCAAAGCUGCUGAUAACCAAUCAGAAGCAAGGAUUUCAGUAGCUUAUAACAAAAACUGUCAUUUGUCACUGAUGACAAGUUUUGUGAAACGGGCCCCCAGAAGUCUAACAUUGUGAGUCUGGUGAGCUGUUGAUCUACUUGGAUGACCCGGUCCUAAGGUUUCCUUGGUCAUGUAUCAUACAUGGAGACUUCCCUAAAAUACUGAACUAGUCUGCACUUUAUAUUUUGCUUGUAGAAAAGUCAGUCAUAUGCUUUUCACAAUGGUAACAUUUCGCUUAGCCCCAUACCGUAGGUGGGGCUAAAGGGGGGUCUUAGCCCUGCCUAUAGUCCUGGUCUAAGCUAAGCCCACUUUCUGUUCAGACACAAUUUCACCAAAGUGGGCUAGCUCCACCUAAAGUAUGGGGCUAGUUGGCCCUGCAAAAAUGCAGGGCUAACUCCGCAAUUGCGGUGCUAAUCUGAAUUUUCUUAUUCCGAGAUAGGCGCUUAGUACAGGACUAAAACAGCCUGUAUGAAAAGCCAAAAAUGUUAGUCCAGGGCUAAGGAAAGUAUGUGGUUAAGUAAAGUACAGGGCUAAGCAAGACAUGUGUGAAAAGCAUACCAGUCUACCUACAAUAGAUUGUGAUGCCUCCAAGAUUCUAAGGCUAUGAUAAAAUGAUAUCUGAAUGGUGCUUGGAGCAACUUAAGGAAUGCUUUAUUCCUGUUCAUCUACACUGGGGUCGAGAGAGACAAUCGGAAAUAAAUGCCUUGUCUAAUAAACUCAGGGCCCACUUUCACAGAACUUGUCAUCAGUGACAAAUGACAAUUUUGGUUAUAAUCUAGUGAAAUCCUUGCUUCUGAUUGGUUAUCAGCAGAUUUGUCACUGAUUUUUGUCAUUUGUCAUUGAAAAAAGGUUUUGUGAAACUGGGUCCCAGGUGUGUGCAAUUAAGUCUUACAAUAAAUCGCAUUGAAUCACUUACCUGAUUUAAUUACAAACCACAUCUUUGGGGAACUUAUCUUAAAUUUUCAGAAACGAUAGAUAUAUACAUGUAGAUAAUUUGCUCUCAGUUGUUGUAAGAUAGGAAUUAUCAGAACACAAAAGAUCCUGAAAUUAUCUGAAUUUUGAUACAGUUGAAACAUUGUAGUCCAGGCAAAUGAUAUGUCUUCAGAUUAGUGAUACAUUUCUGUAUAUCAUUAGUAUACUUGCAAAAUAAAUGCAAGUCAUUUGAUGUUGUAAGAGAUCAUGUGUGACAUUUUAAAAAUCUAUUUCAGGAGUUGAAAUCUUUUCUCUCUGGUUGGGAGCUCGUUUCUUGAUCUUGACAAAAAAGAUGGAAUUCUUUCUCUAUUCAUUGUCACAAUUCUUUGCCUUUUUUUAUCUGUCAUAAUGUUUAUAAUGAAUGAAUGAUAUAUUACUGAAUAUUACAGUACUGUCUAAGUUAAUGUUUACAAUGAUAAAUUAUAUAUUAUGUCUUGCGCAUUGCUACAUUUUAGCAUUAUAUGACAAUGCUAAUUCAAAAACUGUAUAUAUUUUGACAUCUUUCUUUUCUUCUAUUUUAUUGAUAUGUAACAUGCUUUAUGUUAAUUGAUUUUUUUUCUUGAUAUAGCUGCUUUCUACUUGCAUCCAUAUAUUUUUCAGUUCAAUUCUACAAAUUAUACAGAAGAGGCGAUAGAAAUGAUUGUAACAGAAUACCAAAUAUAUAGAGAGAGCUAUUUCUUCAUUUUUAUGAGUAGUAGUGUACACUGUACAUGCAUAUAGAGUGUUUGAGAACUGCAUUUGCUUUUUAUAUCCUUUUCAACUCCUCCUCACCUCCCUUCCUAUCAACACUUGUUCAGUGCUUGUUUUUCCCCCCUGUUUUUCCCUCCUGUUUUUAAAAGGAAUAAUGUACCACUGCCAUUAUUGAUGUAAUGUACAGUUCUUCCAAAAAAAAUGCACUUUUAGUUUUGAUGACCUUGUUUUGUCGGAGGUAGAAUCACGAAUCAGCGACUGGUAGUUAUAUGAUAAGAACUACAGUUAUGAUUUGUUUACACUCAUCCUUAGGACUGGAGUGGGAAAAGACUAAACUCUGGAUAUUCAUAAAGUGAAAUUUAGGUUGUUUUAUAGAGUAAAUUUUAUCUUACAUGAGAACCACUCUUACAUAACAAAUAGGGAUAGGGGAAGUACAUGUAUUUGUGAACGAAUAGUAUAAUUUAUGGAACAAACAUUCAUUUGAUACAGUAUUUCAGUAGAUGCUUUAUGAUGUUAAAUGUUCAGACUUUUAACAAUUGGGCCAUCCCCAAUAAAGAAGUCAAUUGUAAUGGAAGGAAUGUGAUUUGCUGUGCAGAUCAGUAAGACACCUUUAAUUUAGAUUAUGAAAUGUUCAUGAGAAGUUUGAUUUUAGUUACUAGGAGACUGAACAUUAGAGAUCGAUAUGAAAAGAAUUAAUUCGUUUUUGUCUUUUAAACAGAAUGAACAAAUCCAAUUAUUAAAAAACAUUUUGGUUUGUUUGUUAAAAUUGGCUCUACACUUUCUCUAUUUUUCAUGUUACAUGAAGAACAUUAUUUCUAUACAAAAAAAAACCCUGAUUAAAAAACAUGCACUGAUGAGGUUUUAGGAAGUGGUUCUACUGUUUCUGUUGUGGUUACAAGUGCCUUGUAUAGAGUAAACUUGGAAAAAUAUUAUCUUCCUGUUUUUAAAUUAUUUCAUUAUUUGUCAUGCAAGUUUAAUACUCAAAAGGAAUUUUUUACAUGUCUUCAGAUUUAUCAGAACAAAAUUAUAUUUUCAUGUAAAUUCUGUUUGCAAUUGUAUUAUUUGUGUCUCUUUAGCAGUUGUACAUGUAUUAAUGGCGAAAAAAAGGUUUACGUAUACAAUACUUUCUGCUUUUAUGUAACUACAUGUAAUUUGGUUUAUUUCCUUUUUCUUCUUCUCUUAAUGCAAUACCUGGAAUCAGACCUAUACUCACCAUGUACAUGUAUAUGAUUAGCGUGUACAGCUAAAAGUGAUGAACUGUCUUCUUUAAAGAUAUUCUCCACUUCUGGAUAUUAACAAACAUGAUACAAAAAGCUGUUUUAUUUAACAAAUACAAUAUAUAAUUAUGUUUUAAAUAUGAAUCUGCAAUUUCUAUUUCUCUGAAUUUACAGAUAUGGAAGAGUCAUUAAUUACACUGAUGCAUCAAAUCGUCCCUAUUUUCACAAAGUGACGGUAGUGAGGAAAAUCGUCACGCAAAGUGAAUGCAAUUUUUUUCCACUACCGUCACUUCGUGAAAACAGCGACGAAAUUUAUGUGGCUGUUCCAGGGCCUCACACCUUUUCUUUUCUUUUGAGGGGGUUUGGAGUGUCAUAUUUUGGUCUGUGUGCUCCCGAUUCUUGUUAAGAUUGGGAAUCGUUUAGAACCUAGAGAAAAAUCUUAUUAAGAGAGGCAUGUGUACUGGUCCUAGGCUGUUUGUCUGGAGGAGGCACAUUUAGUUUCUUACCUUUUCCAAGUUUGAAUGUAUUCUGUUAACAUGUAGAUCUCUAUAACAGUCUCAUGUACCAAAAGAACCACCCUCUUUACAUGUCUGCUCGUAACUCACUACUUAUGUUGUCCAAGUAUAGCUUGGUAGAGAUUUAUUUAUUUAGUGAUGUAAAUUCUAUAUGAUUUGUGACAUUUUAUCCUUGUUUUUUUCUCUUUUUUUAAUGCAUUACAGAUAUUUUUUGCUGAUGUAAUUUACCAUUAUGGAUGGACUUAUCA